AAAAAGCAAAAGGAAAAAAAAAGGGAAAAAAAAAAACCUUAACUUGUCUGCAUUACUUGUCUGUCAAAUCUCUCUCCCCUCUGCCUAGCCCUAGAUCCAUGUCUUUCUCUCUCCAAACCCUAACCCCAGGUCACUCUCUAGAGUUUCCAAUGUCCUUCCUUCACUACUCUUGAUUUGGUUUUGUUUUCUGCUCCAAAACCGUAAUCAUUCACAGGUUACUACCUCUAUGUAUUUUUUUCUGUAUCAUUGUUGCUGAUUUUGGGGUUUAGAUUCUUGAAAAAUUAAGGGGUUUUGGGGUUUCAUUAGUUGUGAAUCAGCGGAUUUCGAGGUGUUGAGCAUUUUGGUUACUGAGUUGUGUGUAGUUGGGAUGAGAUGAGUGUGAGUUUGAAUCUUGGGUUUUAGUUGAUUAAUUUUCUUGGAUUGUUUUGGUAAUAGAAGGCAUGGAAGAGGAUGAAAGCGUGAAUGUGGAGGAUUUGGGGGGUGAUUUUUGUUUGUGAAAGAGGGUUUUGUUGAGGUUGAUUUGGGGCAUGAUGGGUUGCAUUUGUUGUAAGCCUUCUGCCAUUGAGGAUAGUAGGGAGAGUCCAAGAGAACGGUUGUCGAGUAAGGCAUCAUCAAACCUGCGGGUGGCAGGGGCAGCCUCCUCCCGGAGGGAGGAAGCUUAUCGUGUAAAAGAUAGGUUUGAUAGUAAUGAUGGGAGGACAAUGCUGAUUGAAAAGCAAGCUAAUGGUUCAGUUCGGUUGCAUGGUGAGAACGUUGAGAGGAAGAGGGAGAGGGGUGAAUAUGUUGUUGCCCAACAUCCGGGAUUGGGGAGUAUCCCGAAAGCAAUGGAAGGAGAACAGGUUGCUGCCGGUUGGCCUGCUUGGUUAUCUGCAGUGGCUGGAGAAGCUAUAAGGGGAUGGUUACCAAGGCGGGCCGAUUCUUUUGAGAAACUAGAUAAAAUUGGCCAGGGAACUUACAGUAAUGUUUACAGGGCUCGUGAUCUGGACCAACGGAAAAUUGUUGCUUUGAAGAAAGUUAGGUUUGAUAACCUGGAGCCAGAGAGUGUCCGCUUUAUGGCAAGGGAAAUUCAUGUUCUGCGCAGGCUUGAUCAUCCAAAUAUAAUAAAACUGGAAGGUCUAGUCACAUCAAGGAUGUCUUGCAGCUUGUAUCUUGUUUUUGAGUACAUGGAACAUGAUCUAGCAGGUCUCGCCUCACACCCUGGUCUCAAGUUUACAGAACCACAGGUUAAAUGUUAUAUGCAGCAACUUUUACGUGGACUUGAUCAUUGUCACAGCCGUGGUGUUUUGCAUCGUGAUAUAAAGGGUUCCAACCUUCUAAUUGACAACAGUGGCAUCUUGAAGAUAGCAGACUUUGGUUUGGCAAGUUUUUUUGAUCCCCAUCAAAUCCAGCCACUGACAAGCCGUGUGGUAACACUUUGGUACCGGCCACCUGAGCUCUUACUUGGAGCCACUUACUAUGGGACUGCUGUGGAUUUAUGGAGCACUGGUUGUAUACUGGCUGAACUAUAUGCUGGCAAGCCUAUAAUGCCAGGAAGAACAGAGGUGGAACAGUUGCAUAAAAUUUUCAAGCUUUGUGGCUCUCCAUCUGAGGAUUAUUGGAGAAAAUCAAAGUUGCCACAUGCAACCAUAUUUAAGCCCCAACAGCCUUAUAGGCGCUGUGUUGCAGAAACAUUUAAAGACUUUCCUACACCUGCAUUAGGGCUUAUGGAAACACUUCUUUCCAUAGAUCCUGCUGAUCGUGGAUCUGCAGCCUUUGCUCUUAAAAGUGAGUUCUUUACAGUAAAGCCACUUCCUUGUGAUCCUUCAAGCUUGCCUAAGUAUCCUCCCAGCAAAGAGUUUGAUGCAAAAGUACGAGAUGAAGAAGCUAGAAGACAAGGAGCAGCAGGAAAGGGCCAGAGACUUGACCAUGAAAGGAAAGGAAUAAGAGAGUCUCGAGCGGUUCCAGCACCUGAUGCCAAUGCUGAAUUAGUCCUGUCAAUGCAGAAAAGACAAGGUCAGUCCAAUUCGAAGAGCCGGAGUGAGAAGUUCAAUCCUCAUCCAGAAGAAGUUGCUUCUGGUUUUCCAAUAGACCCUCCUAGGGCGUCUCAAGCUAUAGAAGAUGGAAGCAUAGAUACCCAAGGUCCUCUUCAUAAGAGAGCCUCCCAUUCAGGCCCACUGUCUCACCGGGCUGUGUGGGCAAAGGCUGGGAAAAACCUGGAUGAUGCUCCAAAGGUUUCGACUGGAGCCGACUUGUCAACCAUGUCGAGUUUAGUAGCAGCCAGGAGGAGCUUGUUGUCUGAAGAUCGCAGAGAAAAGUCUGGUUCAUCACAACCAGAUGUCUCAAAACUAAUAGUCAGGUUUCCAGGAUCCUUCAAGGAGGCCUCAGAAUCCACAAUACAGCAGGAUCAGAAGCAUCAAAUGCAGGGUGCCGGCAGAUGUACUCAGAAAGAAGAUGGAAGAACGACCAGCAAAGAUCCAGUUCUUCUUGGGUAUGGGUCAAAGGGUCACAAGAUUCACUACUCUGGCCCACUACUUGUUCCCUCAGGCAAGGUGGAUCAGAUGCUAAAGGACCACGACCGCCAGAUACAAGAUGCUGAAAGACGAGCACGUCUAGACAGGGAAAAACUCAGAAAAGUUCAGGUUGAAGGGAACAAAAUAUCAGCCAAUUCUUUAUUUGUUUCUGGUCGUUGAGCUGGAUUAACCCAGAUGAAGAUAAGCUUUUGUCAAUGAAAGAGACCAUUUCAGAAAUAUAUAGCCGGUAAGUUCCCUUGCCAAAUAUGAGUAACUGGGUGUGUGGAUGGCGAAUGUUGGGUUGUAUAGGGGGUGUUUGGUGAAAUGUGGCUGGUGGCCAUUCUUAGCUAAGGCCUAAGCAGACUUGGAAACCUCUCUCUGUCUGCAAUUUAUUACAUGUAUUCUAUUUUCACUCUGCAACUGCAGUCUCUAUAAUGAGCCAUUCUUGUAGAGCUAAUCGUUAGCCAUAAGCUCUUGAGAAUAUGUGAAAUAUGAAAUUGAUGAAGAUAGUAUUUUAGUUGCUCUCAUCAUUCUGAA